AUGGGUUGGGAGCUAAUUCUACCAUUUCUCCGCUACGGACCACGCUUCAGAAAACAUCGUCGAAUAGUGCAUCAGCACUUUGGCCCCACAUCAAUCGCAAAUUUCAGAUCGAUUCAAGAAAGAGAGACUAGAAAGUUUUUAAACCGUUUACUGACAAAUCCAGAUAUGUUCUUGAAUCAUAUACACAAUCUCAUUGCUGGAAUCAACCUAUCGGUCACGUACGGUCAUGAAGUACAAUCGGACAAUGACGCAUAUAUAGAGCUUGUAGAGAAUGCGGUGCACUUGUCAACGAGUCUAGGUAGCUUAGGUACCUCGGUCAUUGACAUUUUUCCAUUCUUACGUUAUUUGCCUGCUUCGCUUCCUGGAAUGAGACUCAAGCGUCUUACGGAGAAAACACGGAAGGUUGUCGAAUUAGUUAUGACCGUUCCGUUGGAAGACGUGAAGUCGAAAAGGAUUGCUGGUGCUGCUCCUCAAUGCGUAAUUUCAGACCUACUGGAUAAGUAUGAUGGCAUGGAUGUUAUUGAUCAUGAACAUGAAGAAGAUAUCAUGAACAUUGGAGCGUCUGUUUACAAUGCUGGUACAGACACGACGAAAUCUACGCUCACAGCACUCUUCUUCAUGAUGACGCUUCAUCCGGAGGUUUCAAAGUCAGCUCAGGAGGAGAUCGACAGAGUCGUAGGGAACCACCGCUUGCCUUCAUUCGAUGACAGAAAGGACUUGCCUUACGUUGAAUGCUUGCUGAAAGAACUGUAUCGGUACGUAAAUCUCUGCAUACCGCAUGGUUCGACUGAAACUGAAGAAUAUCGUGGUUGGACCAUACCAAAAGGAACAAUAGCCAUUGCAAAUAUCUGGCAGAUGAUGAGAGAGGAGACGGUGUUCCAGAACCCAGACAAAUUCAUGCCCGAGCGUUUCCUGGACAAGGCCAAAGCUUCACUCGGUUCACUUUCUCCAUCUAAACUUCCGGAUGGAAGUCAUGCGCUCUCUGGAGAGGAGGAUCCUAGCAUUAUGGUAUUUGGUUUUGGAAGAAGGGUAUGUCCGGGAAAAUAUCUCGCCGAUUCGAAUUUGUGGUUGGCAAUAGCCAAUGUUCUAGCAAUGUUCGACAUAGAACCGUAUACGAACCCUGAGACAAGAGAGGUCGAGCUUCCGAAAAAUGAGAUAGAGGAAGAUAAGGUUGUCCUUGUCCUAAAGCCUUUCAAAUGCAAGAUCUCUCCGCGGAAUGGACGUACUUCGAUGGUACUGUAAAGAGGCUUGACUCUUCCAGACCACUUGUCUCAGUGCAAGUAGGCAUAUCGUGUGCACAUAGUGUCCCAAUCUCAGAAAACGUAAUGGGGUAAGCGUUUCCGCCAAGUUUUACACAAGUAGGACCUGCAUAUGGAUCCCGUGUCAAUUCAUUCGUGGCGGCUUUCUUUCCUGCUUGACGUUUCCUGUUUGCUGGAGCAUAUACAUAUUUGAUAGUUCUUCAGGAUUCAGACGAGUUGAUCAAGCGUGGCCCAUGAAGUAGACCUUCGAAUCUUUCACAGAGCUUGGGCCUAAAGAUGCUUUGUUCUACCUUGGACUUCCAUUUUCUCUUUUUCAUAUGUAGAAAACUACUAGUGGAUAAAUCGACAUGAAUGAUUAAGGUCCAUUGAU